GCGCUGGCGGAGGGAAGGUGCGAGAAGCUCCACUGUUGCAUUACCAGAGGAAAAACUUGUAUUAUUCCGUGUUUGCCCGUUGAAACUGGAGAUUUUGUUAUGCUGGUGUAGUGAAGAGACGGUAGAUACUUGAGGUUCUCGUCAGGGUUAAGACACGGUUAUAGUUAUCCAGUGUCAACAACAAACUUGUAAGAUGUUGAGGGCACCAAAGUGCAGUACCAUGCUGGAUCAGCUUGUCCGUGGACAAGGUUAUAUGAUGGCUCGUGCUGUGGCGAGUAGAGUUGUCCUGUACCCUCACUAUGGUCAGGCCAGGGGUAUAUCCUUCACCUCUGCAGCCCGCUUCUUGCUACCACAGGCUGAUGACUUUUCGGUACGCCAUAUAGGACCCCGCCAACAGGACCAGGAAGGAAUGCUCAAGCUUCUAGGAUACGAGUCACUGGACUCCUUGACUGAUACAGCUGUGCCUGAAAACAUUCGCCUUGGGAGAGAUCUUAAUGUGGACAAGCCUCUGGGAGAACACGCUGUUUUGUCCAGGAUUCGAGAGAUUUCAGAGAAGAAUGAGAUCUGGCGUUCCUAUAUUGGGAUGGGUUAUCACAACUGUCGGGUGCCUCAUGCCAUCCUCAGGAACAUCUUUGAGAACCCUGGAUGGACGACCCAGUACACACCGUACCAGCCAGAGGUCGCUCAGGGACGCCUUGAAUCUCUUCUCAAUUACCAGACACUGGUUACAGACCUGACGGGCCUCCCUGUGGCUAACGCAUCUCUCUUAGAUGAAGGAACUGCUGCUGCCGAAGCCAUGGCUUUGGCCUACAGGCAGAACAAGCGCAGGAAAGUGUAUUUAUCAGACAAACUUCAUCCACAAACUCUGGCUGUUGUUCAGACUCGAGCCAUUCCACUUGGCUUGGAAGUUCUCAUCGGUGAUGUAUUUGAUAUUGAUUUUUCUAAUCGUGAUGCCUGCGCCGUGCUUAUCCAGUAUCCUGAUACAGAGGGCACGGUAAAAGACUUCACCCAAGUUGUUGAAAAUGCUCAGACAAAUGGAACAAUGGUGGUUUGUGCUACUGAUCUCCUGGCACUGGCCAUCCUUCGUCCUCCUGGGGAACUUGGUGUAGACAUAGCUGUGGGCACGUCGCAGAGGCUCGGCGUUCCAUUGGGGUAUGGUGGCCCACACGCUGGUUUCUUUUCCUGUAAGAGCCCCCUUGUACGACUUAUGCCUGGCAGGAUGAUUGGUGUUACAAGAGACGCAAAUGGCAAGGAGGCAUAUCGAUUGGCUCUGCAAACAAGGGAGCAGCACAUUCGUCGAGACAAGGCAACCAGUAAUAUCUGCACAGCUCAGGCAUUGCUUGCAAAUAUGUCUGCUAUGUACGGAGUGUACCACGGACCAGAAGGGCUGAAGAACAUUGCAAAUCGUAUCCACAAUGCCACUGUAGUUUUAGCGAGGGGACUUGAGGAUGCGGGACAUGUUAUAGAAAAUGAAGCCUACUUUGACACUAUCAAGGUCAAUCCAACAUUGGCUGUAAGUGAAAUCAGAAUGAGAGCCCAGCAGAAGGCAAUUAACCUACGCUACUUCAGAGACGAGACAGUUGGGAUUGCCCUGGAUGAGACGGUAGAGAAAGAAGACCUCGAUGACCUGUUUUGGGUCUUCAACUGCAAACAUACAACAGCAGAGAAGGUUGUGAAGAAUCUUGGUGAUAUGGUACUUCCCAAGGAGCACUUGUCUAAAUCACCUUUCACCCGGACCUCAGAAUUCUUAACUCACCCAACAUUCAAUACCUAUCACUCUGAAGCCCAGCUGGUGCGCUACAUGAAGAUACUGGAGAACAAGGACGUCUCCCUUGUACAUUCCAUGAUUCCUCUGGGAUCUUGCACAAUGAAACUGAACAGUACCACAGAGAUGAUGCCCUGCAGCUUCCCACACUUCACCGAGAUCCAUCCAUUCGUGCCUCCAGAACAAGCUCUCGGCUACCGUCUCUUGUUUGAGGAGCUGGAGAAUGACCUUUGUGAAAUUACUGGUUAUGACAAGAUAUCAUUCCAACCUAACAGUGGAGCUCAAGGGGAAUAUGCUGGGCUGCGGGCCAUCAUGUCAUACCUAGAUGGUCGCGGGGAGAGCCAUCGUAACGUCUGUCUCAUCCCCACUUCUGCCCACGGCACAAAUCCCGCUUCUGCUCAGAUGGCGGGAAUGAAGGUAGAGGCAGUUAAUGUUGACAAGGAGGGAUCCAUCGACUUUCGGCACCUUGUAGCGAAGCUCGAGAAACACCGAAAUAAUCUGGCAUGUCUGAUGAUCACUUAUCCAUCAACUAACGGCGUGUUUGAGGACAACGUGAAGGUUGUCUGUGAGAUGGUUCAUGAAGCAGGUGGACAGGUUUACCUCGAUGGAGCCAACAUGAACGCUCAGGUUGGUCUGUGUCGACCAGGAGACAUUGGGUCUGACGUCUCCCAUCUCAACUUGCACAAGACCUUCUGCAUUCCUCACGGUGGUGGUGGCCCAGGCAUGGGGCCCAUUGGAGUCAAACUUCACCUGGAGCCAUACCUCCCCAGUCAUCCAAUCGUGGACCCUAUGGCUUUGAUGCAAAAAAGAGCACGCAGUUUUGGUGUUGUUUCCGCUGCGCCUUAUGGCUCUGCUGCGAUUCUUCCCAUCUCCUGGGCGUAUGUUAAGAUGAUGGGGCCCAAGGGAUUAAGACAAGCUACCCAGGUGGCUAUACUAAACGCUAACUACAUGGCAAAACGUCUUGAAAAACAUUACAAGGUUUUGUAUCGUGGAAAUAAAGGAUUGGUUGCCCACGAGUUCAUCCUGGACAUGCGUGAGUUUAAGAAGAUAACAGGCAUCGAGGCGACAGAUAUUGCUAAACGUCUUCAAGAUUAUGGUUUCCAUGCACCAACCAUGUCGUGGCCAGUCGCAGGCACUCUCAUGGUCGAGCCAACAGAGUCUGAAGACAAGGCAGAACUUGAUAGAUUUUGUGAUGCUUUGAUAUGUAAGUAUACAAGUAUGGUGAUGAGAUAAAGUGAGAAAACACAGUACCUAA